UAUACAUGAUUAGUAAAUAAUAUGAUACAUGGUUGAAUUAAAAAAUAAUAUUACUACAGUACGAGUUAGUUUUCAUGCUUUACAGAAGCAGUAUACCGUUACCGAACUACCUGUGAGUGUGCCCCUGGGGUUAAAAAGAUAUGGCUUGAGUGAGAUCAUUAAUCACCUUUUGGAACUGGAUCCUAUUGUCCCUUUUGACAUCUUUGUGAACGGUAAAUAUCUUAAUUCAACUUUAGCCUCAGCAAUAGAAGAGCAUGGUCUUUCUACUGAGACGGUUAUUACACUUAAGUUUUGCGAAGCUUUUCGAGCGCCGUCAGCAAAAUUUCAAGCAUCCGUUAGUGAUUGGGUUUCUUCGAUAGCAUUUCUGAGUUCAAAUCUAUGCAUUGCUGGUUUGUAUGAUAGCACAGUAGAGAUUUGGGAUACAAAUACCAAUGUUUUAGUGCAUAAAAGUUCAUUCCAUACAAAUUGCAUUAAGUCCGUAGCGUUAAUUUCUUCAGAUGCAAAUAAAUACAUAUGCAUUACUUCUUCGUUGGACCAGCUUGCAACUAUUUUUGAAUACGACGCUCUGACUCAAGUCGUUAGCCCGUUGUAUAUUUUGAGUGGCCAUGUGGCAUCCGUGGAGGACGUCGCUGUGAAUCCUAGGAAAACUCACGUAGUCACCAGCAGUUGGGAUUUGUCUCUGCGGUUGUGGGACUCUUCCUUUGAAGAAGAAAAGUACGAAAGCUAUGCAGCCAAACGCUCUCACGCAAAGAUCCCCUCUUCAUGUCCAGAGCGAGAAAGCAUAGCGUUGUACGAAGGCCACUCAGGGGCGGUGACCGGCUGCCUAUGGACGGAUGAGUCUUCUUUUGCGAGCUGCAGCUGGGACCACUCCAUACGACUUUGGGAUGUUGAAGCCGCCACCAGUACUCAAAUACUGGUGGGACCCACUGCACUGAACGACUUGGCAGCCUCUCCGGAUUCCCGCCUGUUUGCCACUGCAAGUUCUGAUUCUACGGUGAGAGUAUGGGACCCCCGCGCCCAGGGGUCGGUGAUCGCACUCACGCUUCCUGCGGGACAUACGAGUCUGGUGACGUGCGUCUCCUGGGAUCCUGCAAAGUGCAACCAAUUUGUUAGCGGCUCUUAUGACAGGAAAAUUAACGUGUGGGAUUUGCGCUCUUCUUUGCCGCUUCACCAAAUGAACGAACACUCCGAUGAUGUGCUAUGCGUAGUUUGUUCGGAUGACGGCAUCAUUGCUAGCGGCUCGAAGGACCAAACUAUUGUUUUCAGAAAGUAGUUGUGCUAGAAAGUUUGGGAAUUAUCAUUCCCUCCUGCAAUAAAGUACGCUUUAUUGAGGCUUCGAUUGGGAGGGCCAUGUCUCAUGGCCACCAGUUUUUUGCCUCUUGUCCCCUCUGACGUUAAC